AAACUAUUUAGUUACAUCUAUUACUACUGAAAAAUUAACUAAUCCUAAAUUUAAGCAUUUAUUGUAUUUUUGAAUUUAAAACAUACUUUCCUAAAUCCAUUUCAUAACUAAAUAAUUUUAAAUAAUAAUCUUAAUUAAUGUUUCCAUCUAAUAAAUUUUAACUUGUUAUAGCAUUAACUAAUCACAAUUUCAUAAAAACCAAUUUCAUAAAAUUAAUUAGGAAACUAAAAAUUAAAAAUUUCUCAAAAUUAUCUUCAUUUUUCACGUAUACCACUCAAAUACAAUACUUUAAAAAAUAUAUUCUAUUAAAACUGAAAUACAAAUAUAAACUUACCCUUAAACUAACUAAUUAAUUACACAUAUUACCACUGAAAAAACUAGCUAAUCGUAACUUUCAGCAUUUAUUGUAUUUUCUGAAACACACACUUACCCAAAAUCCAUUCAUAACUAAUUAAUUAUAAAUAAUUAACUUAAUUAAUUAUAAAUAAUUAACUGAAUUAAAAUUUUCUAAUAAAUUUGAACAUAUUAUCGAUUUACUAAACACAAUUUCAUUAAAAAAAACAAUUUCAUAAAGUUAGUUAAGAAACUAAAAAUUAAAAUUUUCACAAAAUUAUCUUUUCACUUUUCACGUAUAACACGAGCAAAAUACUUUUAAAAUGUAUGUAUAUGUAAAUGAUUUAUUAAAUAUAUAUUUAUCAUAUAUUAGACGGGUUGGAAAAUAUAUUAGCUCAACAUUUAAACAAACUUUUCUUAACAAAAAAUAUCAUUAACUUUAAAAGUGCAGAUCAAAUCUAGUUUUAACACUAAAAUCAAAAACAGAAAUUGAAAUAUUUUAGGUAGCUUAAUAUAGAGAUGGAAUAUGGUUAUGAUUUAAUUAUAUAUAUAUAUAUAUAUAUAUGUGUGUUCUUUGAUAUGUAGCUAAAUAUAGAGAUGGAAUAUGGUUGUGAUUUGAGUUAAUUAUAUAUUUAUAUGUUCUUAGAUAUGUAUAUCACUUCAUCUUUGUGUCGUUUAAAUCUUCAUUUCUCAAUAGAAACAUCUGAUAUAUUUUACAAAUAUAUAUAUAUAUCUGAAUGACUACAUGGUAGAUUUCUCUUUUGUUUCCACUUUCCACUAACAAUCGUGCGGUCACAUAUGUACAGAUCUAAUAAACCAAACAUCUAUUUUGUACUUGUAUAAGAUAGAAAAGAGCCAAAACAUGAAAAACCAGGUGAAAAAAAUCACAUGCUCCACUAUGAUAUGAAAUCAACAGUGAGAUUGAUUGAUUGACACAACCUUUCUCCUUCUUUAUUAAGUAACCAUUCAAACACACUCCACUGCUCCUCUUUUUCCCUCUCUGUCCCCAUCCAGUUUUGUACCUCUGCCACAAGUUACCCCUUGCCGCUAACUUCUUUCAGGGGCAAUCUCGACUUUGCAUUCCAUGUGUUGUCCUGUCCACUCGCACCAAAAACCAAAUAUUAUCGUCACUAUAUUCAAUCCAGGGCCUUUUCAAUCCUGGUCCUGCCUACCCUAUUCUCCUCUAAGUUGAUAAUCUAUGACUAGAUUUAAAAACUCGAUUCCAUCUUCUCAUGUUAACUGUAAACUACUGUAUUUGUAGUAUUAGCUACUACAGCUAAGAGCUUAAUAUGCGUACAAAAAAACUAACGUGUCGAAAAAGAUGUUUAGAAUGAUAACUAGUAGCACUCCGGAAUUGAUGCCACUUUACCAUUAGUUCAAUUCCAUGUGCAUGGUCAAAGCUAAUAAUCGAGAAAAAAAAAUUCUAACGUUGCUACCAUUAGUUCAAUUCCAAUUUACUCUGAAUACUCAAGUUUAUAUACGAAAAAAGAUUUUGCUAAAAUUGAAGAAAAUGAUAAUAUCUAAAUUAGGGGCAUGAGUCCUACGGUCCUAUCCCAUGUAUGUAAGGUCGGUUCAUUCACAUCCGGUCGGAAAUACGAGGGAAAUGGCUGAAUCAAAGUUUGUUGCUCAAAAUUUUGAAACAGUGAAAUGAUAAUCAAUGAGAGUAGUUGUUGACGAUGAAAAUGAUGCGAGUAAAAGUUCAUUAGUUUUUGUUUCAGUAUUCCACAGAUAACUGUUGCGUCAUUCUUUGUAACUCUGCUUCGUAAUACGUUGGGUGAUAACCAAAAAAUAUAAUAUUCAUCAACUGAAAAUAAAACUUGUAUUAAUUACAAAAAUAAUUUGAUGAGUCGAUAAACAAUGUUUCUUCACAUAAUUAAUCCACGACACAAAAGUCUUGCAUUUCUCCACACCUAGUCGUAAUGAAAAUAGGAGAAACCCAAGAUUUAUAUGUUACCAUCAUUAGCGGUGAUAGUCUGGUGGUAAACUUUUAGGAUUUUGUGUGUAUUCUAUUGGUAUUAGAUUCAAUUUCUUCUGAAAAUUAAAUUAUUGAUGCUAGUCAGUUUGCAUUUAGAUUAGGAUAUAAUAAAUAAUUGGUCUAUUUCCAAACAUUAGUAAGAUAGUAUUUAUGGUAACCAAUCUAUUAUGUAGCACUAAGUACGUUAUGUCGAAACCGACCGUAUCAACCGAUAAGAUAUAAAAAGGUUUAUAAAUCAAAAUAUGGUUCUUACUGUGUGGUUAAAUUCCUUAUUCUGAUUUAGAUCAUUAAAUACUACACUGAUAUAGAUUUAGUGAUCAAUUUAAAUUUUGGGAAUUUGUAUGAUGUUUAGAAUAUAAAAUAAGGAGUCCGGAGUGACUAUCUCUAGUGACGCGAUGGUCGAAUGGGAAAUAAUUUCCAUGUGAAUUUAGAUCAAUUUGAUCCUACUGAAAAUGUACAGUUCUAUUACUUGCAUAUUGGUUUUUCCCUGUAUUCGGAAAGAACGUCCUUCCCCUUUUUUUACAGUAAGAGGUUAAGUAUACCUUUUUUUUUCUUUUGGCACAAAGUUUAAGUUUACCAUUGAAGCAUAAAAUAUGUAUUUUGAAGGAUUACACAUAGGUUGUUCAAAAAAAAAAAAGGAUUGCACACUUUCAUAGUCACUAAGUUUGAUUUUUAUUUUGUGCCAAAUCUUGAAGUAAUUCUUAUUCAUUAUUUUGGCAUUCAAACACUUAGUUUUAUUUAUGUUUACCAUUUGUGCAUGGGUAAAAUUUUUAAUCCCAAAAAUAAAAAUUGUUUAAUUUGUCCGGAACAUGGUGGUCUAAUGAUAAAGACAUGCUCCUUCUUCCAUCCAAGUUGUGAAUUCAAACCAUUUGCUGGAAGGAAUUAUUGCAUGAUUAUCUUUGGACACUUUUAUAUAGGCUUUUGCUUUCGGUCCAUUUGCAAGUCAUGUACGCAAGUCUAUCAAUGGAUCACAUGUCCCAAAAAAUUAGUAUGAGUCUAUUUGGACAUGUGAUCUACUCCUCAGUUAUAAAAAUAUUAUUUAAAAAUUUUAAAUUCUAAAUUCUAAAAACUAAAAAUUAUAUAGAAUGAAAACAUAAAUUAAACAUUUUAAAAUGCGUAAACAAUAUUUUCAAAAUAAGAAAAAAAUAUAUGCAUAUAUAUAUAUUUUUUAAUAUUUAUGAGAAUAUUAAAAUUAUAUAAUUAAACACUAAACAUUAAGAUCAUAUUAAUAUUUGAUCAAAAAGACUAAUUUGAUAUUAACAUUUCGUCAAAUUAAAAAGAUAUUUUUAUUGGAAAACAAUACAAGUUAUUUAUGGAAUGACUCCAGUCUUUUUCUCAUAUGUUUUGUUAUAAUUUUGUAGGCCAGGACUUAAACUUAAAGCAAUUAUUGAUUGAAAAAUAAAAAGAUCUUCACAUUAGUUAUUUAAUUAGCUUGUAAGUUGCUAAAUAAAUAAACAAAAUUCUAACCUUUUAAAAAAUUAGGUUAUUACGUUUUAAAAAAAAUACAGCUUCAUUUGAUUUUAUACAGUGGAAAAAAAGAUUUUUUAAAAAAAGAUUUUUUUGAAACAUCAAAAAUAAAUAUGUUUAAAAUCUUGUUCUCAUUGUGUGUUUCAAGAGUUCCUAAAAUAGAAACGGGCUUCAGAUGAAGUAUCAAUGUAUCUUACCUAAAAAAGUAAUUAGGUUAGAUCAAAGUUUGUCUUGUACUCCUUUAUGGUAAUCAUGUUAAGAAUUUUUUUUUUUUUUGAUCAAGUUAAGAAUUUUUUUAUUUUUUUAUUUUUGUAACUGGUCAUGUUAAGACUUUUCUGUACUCCUGUUUUACCUAUUUGAUGUUUUUAUUGAAUGCAUGUAGCUUAGGAAAAAAAUUGAUUGACUUACCUCUAUUUGAUAAUUUGUGUUAAUAAUUUACAAGAGAAAACUGUUGGGAUAUAGUAAAAAAAAUGAGUUAAUUUCUUUAUUUGUCGAUAAACAAAGAAAAAAGAAUAAACAUUUAACUUUUAAUGUGAAGUUUAAGUUAUACUAUAAGUACUCGAUUCAAACGUACUCUUUUUGUCAAAAAUGAGUUGUUUAAUAAGCUGUACUAUUUAAUAUUUUUACUGCAUUUGAUGAAUAUGCAUUUAACCUUCGUCCGCAAACAGUUCAACAUAACAAUAAUGAUUAUUAAAGAGAUAUUUUAUUUUCUUUGUCAAAAAAUACAAGCUUGCAUUAUUAGUUAUUUCACUGUUAUUAGUCAAUCAAAAAUUUAAAUGAGAAAAUAUAUAUAUCAAUGACUACAUUCGGCAGCCCACUCUUUACUACAAUGACUACGAUACCCCCUCCUCUCCUUCUUUUUCCUCUCCACCAUCUUCCCUUAUCAACUCAAGACCCAUAAAGUUCAAGACUCAAGACUCAUAAAGCUCCACUCAUAUUCAUCAUAACCUAAAACCAAAACCUCAAAGAGUUAAUAAAACCUAAAUUAUACAUCAGAUCUUGAUAUCAUGGAUCCUAUCCACGGCUUUAUGAGCACAUCAAACAUCUCACACAACACAAACCUUAUGAUCGCCGCCGCAGCAGCCACCACUACCACUACCUCGUCCUCCUCAUCUUCCUCUGGCGGCUCGGCGACGAACCAACUGAGUAGGUACGAGAAUCAGAAGAGAAGAGACUGGAACACUUUCGGACAAUAUCUACGAAACCACCGUCCACCACUUUCUCUCUCCCGUUGCAGUGGUGCUCAUGUUCUUGAGUUCCUCAGGUACCUCGACCAAUUCGGCAAGACCAAGGUUCACAUGCAAAUAUGUCCUUUCUUUGGACACCCAAACCCACCAGCACCAUGUACCUGCCCACUCAGACAAGCGUGGGGCAGCCUCGACGCACUCAUUGGCCGGCUUCGAGCUGCUUUUGAAGAGAACGGUGGUUCACCAGAGACGAACCCUUUUGGCGCACGAGCUGUUCGACUCUACCUAAGGGAAGUUCGUGAUUCGCAGGCUAAAGCGCGUGGGAUCAGCUAUGAAAAGAAGAAGCGGAAGCGACCUCCUCAGGCGCCGCUACCACCGCCUCAUCAGCCGGGGAUUUCGAAUAGUCCUAAUUUGCAAUAAGUCAUAUCAGUAAGAUAUGUUUCAGUCAACUACGUUUCCUUACAACUUUAUAUAGUAUUUGUCAAUGACGAACAUGCAGGAGUUGUCUAAAAAGCUGCAUGCCCUUCUUCUUCAUAGUCCUUUUAUUUGGCCAGCUAAGAAUUUUAUAUUGGUAUUGAAUAAUUACGUACUUUUUCAUUCAGUCUCGCAUAAAUAUGUAUUAGUAUUAUUAUCUUCAAUACAUACACCAUUAUUCUAUU